GCAAAUAAUGUGGGCUCGUUUAUUUUUUUCUCAUCACGUAUAUGACUACGAAGAAGCAGACUAUAGAAAUGCUUCGUACCCGUGGUUAAAAAUUUCCCUAGACUCUAUAACUGCAUCAACUAGUUAUAUUUUCUAGUGAAAUAGAGGGUAACAUUGUUUAUUUACGAAACCAUUCACAACAUUUUUACAAUGAUGAAGGUUGAGUUUCUGACCUUCGUCUUAUAUAUUCAUCGAAAUGAAAGGAUUUGUUUGUAACAUGUGUGCUAUCUUAUCAUAACAGUAGUGAGAAAAUUAAAAUUAAAUCGAAAGUAAAAGAUGACAUUUGUUUGGAGACCUUCGUCAUGGAAGCACGUGAUAAGAAAAUCACUUUUACCAAUGUAUCAAUUGAUGAUACUAAAUCAUGACAUCCAUAUGUCAAAAUGUUGUUCCCAUGGAGAAUAUGAAAUGCAAGAUCCAAAGUCAGAAGCCGAUAUAUAUGGAAUAGAACUAGAAGGUGCAUGUGAAGCAUCUCUUGCUUGUAGUACUUGUCAUGUAUAUGUGCACUCUGAUUAUAUGGAUAAACUUCCACCAUCUGAAGAAAAAGAGGAGGAUUUGUUAGAUUUAGCACCAUUUUUGAAAGAGAAUUCAAGAUUAGGUUGUCAAAUUAUAUUAACUAAAGAACUGGAUGGUAUAGAACUGCAGAUACCAAAAGGAACAAGAAAUUUCUAUGUGGAUGGUCAUACACCAGCUCCGCAUUAACAAUUUGUUGCCUUGUAGCUCAAUUAAGAUGUACAUACUUUGUUUAUAUGCUAUAUAACAAAAUUGUAAGACUUUAUCUUAUUAAGCAAAAGAUCUAAGUGUAAUAUAAAGCAAAUAUUACACUACACUGUUGACAUCUUUAAUAAUUGAUAAUUUAGGGAAACAUUAUGUUCUCAGAAAGUAUUAUAAUAUAUUUCAUAAACAUUUGGAACAACAAACUUGUUUUAUAUGACAUUUUGUCAUGGUACAAUAUAUUUAUUUCUUAUACAUUUAGAUUAUAAUACAUAUUUUUAAUUACAAUGAUACAAGAUUUAAACAUUUAUGAUAUAAUGAAUCUGUGAAUUAAAAUUGUAUUUGAUAGCUUUGCAGCAUUUACAUUAUUAGUGAAAAUAUCCUAUAAGUUUUUUUCACAAACUGAUCGCGUGUGAGCGCUGCCACUAAUGUGUUUGCACGUUUCUCCACUUCUGGCAGGCACCAUUAUACAUUUUUUUCCCAGUUUGACAACAUUCACAAUAAUUUCGUGUAUACCUAUUCUCUAAAUGUACAUACUUUCCCGCGUUCAUCAACUCGUAUACGCGUACGCAAACUUGCACUUUUAUUGAUGCAUCCACACACUUGUCUCUGUGUCGAUAAUUAUUAUCACCAACAUUGUCAUAUAAUUAUCAUACAAACUAUAUUUAUUUAUAUUUUCUGUUCAUUAUUGAUCACUAUAAUUAUAGACACGUUGUAAUAUCUCAGAUCAAUCGCAUUCUACAUUCAUACUUCAUAAUUAAAAGAAUUUAAAUAGAAGUACACUCUCUCACUCAUACAAUGUCAUACAAAACUACAUCUGUGAAGAUGAUUACAUGUAUAUUUCUCAUUUGGUAUGAGGCAUCACAACGGACUUAUUGAAAAAUAAUUUUUUGUACUUAUUCGCAAUUAAAAACGGGUUAUAAUAUUUAAUUAAAUAUUAUACAGAAAUAAACUGUCUACAAGUUUCAGUGGAAUACUGUGAAUCGAUAAAGAUAAAAAAUUUGUUCGAAAUUACGUUGUCAAUCUCUAUGGCAGUAAACAAUUUAAUAUAUACAUACUUGAUAAAUUUUAAAAUAAUUCUGAAAAUUUACAAUGUUAGACAGUGUUAAAGAACUUUUGUAAAAGUAAAUCCUGAGUGGCAUUAUUUAUAAUGAAUGUAUGUUGGAACAUGUAUAUUUGAAACUGAAUAGGUAAAAUAUUUAA